AUGCCACCUCCCAAGAGCCUUGCAGACCCCGAAGUACAGUCAGUGUUCGCCAGUGCACCUCCGAAGCAUACAUUCCAUCCUUCCCCAGGUGGAUGGGACGACCAAGUCCUCUACUUUCUGCUCCCAGAUCGGUUCUCCAAUGAUCUAGAGACGGGCUACAAGGACCAUACUGGUGCCACUGUCUCGAAUGGAUCGACGCCGAAGUACGAGCGAGGAGACUAUGAAGAUGCUAUCCGUACCGACACUGACGCCGCAAAGUGGAGGACCUCAGGGACGAUCUUCAAUGGUGGCACAUUGAAAGGUCUAAAGACCAAGCUGGGAUAUCUCAAGCGUCUUGGUGUGACUGCUCUUUGGAUUGGUCCUAUAUGGAAGCAGGUCGCGAAGCUAGAAACCUAUCAUGGCUACGGUGUGCAAAACUUCCUGGAUGUUGACCCAAGAUUCGGAACUCGUGAAGAGUUGAUUGACCUGGUGAAGGCAGCACACGAGCAGGGUAUCUAUGUUAUUCUUGACAUUAUCCUCAACCACAGCGGCAAUGUUUUUGAAUAUGUUGCCGACAAUCCGCAUUACAAUGGUGAUACAUUCGACGUCAAGGGGUUCUACGACAAGAACAGAACUCCGGACAUUCCACUCGCCAGAAUCGACCCAAGUAGGUAUAUCGAUGAUUUCCCUAACGCCGCAAUCUGGCCCGCCGAACUGCAAGACAAGGCGAACUUUACCAGAAAGGGACAAAUCAAUGGUGACGGUUGGGAUAGGUCUCCUGAAUACCUGGACGGUGACUUCUUCGAUCUCAAGGACAUCGCACUUGGAUCCUCAAAUCCGGACAAUUUCUUCGCAACGAACGCACUGAAAGCCCUGUGCCAGUGCUACAAGUACUGGAUCGCCUACGCAGAUAUCGAUGGGUAUCGUAUUGAUACAGUCAAGCACAUGGGUGACGGACCAACAAGAUAUUUUGCCAGUGUCAUCCACGAGUAUGCACAAUCCCUAGGAAAGGACAGAUUUCUUCUCAUGGGGGAGAUCACCGGAUCCCGUGCGUUCGAGACAGUGGAGGCCACCGGCCUAGAUGCUGCCCUUGGAAUUGGGAAUGUCCAGGAGAAGCUUUGGCGUGUACCCAAAGGUCAAGCUAAUCCAGAUGAAUACUUUGAUCUGUUCCGGAACGCCCUCUACCUCAACAAGGGUAGCCAUACCUGGUUUCGAGAUAAGGUUGUCACGAUGAUCGAUGACCACGACCAGGUCUGGCGCGGGGGUUACAAGGGCCGCUUCUGUUCUGAAGGCAACGGUGCCGACCUGGUUGUUGCGGCUGUUGCACUCAAUCUGUUUACUCUCGGCAUUCCGUGCAUAUAUUACGGAACCGAGCAGGCUUUUGACGGUCAAGGUGGCAGCGACGAGUAUAUCCGGGAAGCAAUGUUUGGAGGGAAAUUUGGAGCUUUCCGCAACAAAAACCACCAUUUCUUUGACGAGGCCAGCACCACCUGGAUUGAUGUCGCAAGGCUUGCCCAAGUUCGGAAGCAGGAAAUGACUGUCCGCCGAGGCCGACAGUAUCUUCGAGAGAUUGCUGGUGAUGGCGUACACUUUGGGUAUCCCAGUAUCAUUGGUGGCUCGCGAAUGCGGUCUAUCAUUGCCUGGUCACGAUUAUUCGCCAACGAGGAAGUUCUGAUCGCCAUCAACAGCGAUCCAGGCAACCAGUUGUCCGUCUGGGUCACCGUAGACCGCGAGAUUCAUCCCGAAGGAAAUAAGUUGAGUUUAUUGUUAAAGACGGGAACCGGGCAGGUUUCUCCUUCUCUCGCAGUACAGUCGGUCAAUGGCAGAUCUGUCGUUCAGGUGACAGUGGGUCCCGGAGGUGUCGUGGUUUACAAAUAAACCAAGUAAUACUUGCGGAAAGCAGGAGACAUGAACAAGCAAGGCAAGGAUAG